AAGCUUAGCUUUGAACCUCGAUCUUUCUCUCUACCUACAAAUUAACAAUAACACAAAUGGGUAACGCAGAUGAUGAUCACAUGUACACAUCAUCAUCAAUGAAAGCAGCAGAUGGAACGCACAAAGUGGCGAUGCCGCCGCCACAGGCGUUUGUGAAAUCGCUGAAGAACACUCUUAAAGAGACCUUCUUCCCCGACGAUCCACUCCGGCAGUUUAAAGGACAGCCGGGAUCUAGAAGGUUCGUAUUGGGUUUACAAUACGUACUGCCCAUACUUGAGUGGGGCCCACGUUACACUCUGGAAUUCCUUAAAGCUGACCUCAUCGCCGGAAUCACCAUCGCCAGUCUCGCCAUCCCUCAGGGCAUCAGCUACGCCAAACUUGCUAACCUACCUCCCAUUCUUGGCCUCUAUUCGAGUUUUGUGCCACCUUUAAUAUACGCAAUGAUGGGAAGUUCGAGAGAUUUAGCGGUUGGAACGGUAGCGGUGGCUUCUCUUCUAACCGCAUCAAUGCUCGGAGGAGCAGUGAAUGCGAGCGAGAACCCGAAGCUUUAUCUUCAUCUGGCUUUCACGGCCACUUUCUUUGCCGGACUCUUACAAGCCGGACUCGGAAUCUUAAGGCUAGGAUUUAUAGUAGAUUUCUUGUCACACGCGACAAUAGUGGGGUUCAUGGGAGGAGCCGCGACCGUGGUGUGUCUACAGCAAUUGAAAGGCAUAUUAGGUUUGGACCAUUUCACUCACGCCACCGAUCUCGUCUCGGUUAUGCGCUCAGUCUUCACCCAAACUCAUCAGUGGCGAUGGGAAAGCGCGGUUCUUGGAUUUUGCUUCUUAUUCUAUUUACUCUUAGCAAGAUGCCUUAGCAAAAAGAAGCCGAAUCUUUUCUGGAUAUCGGCUAUGGCGCCAUUAACAUCGGUUAUUUUUGGGAGCCUUCUUGUUUAUUUCACCCACGCCGAAAAACAUGGUGUUCAAGUGAUAGGACAACUAAAGAAGGGGAUAAAUCCACCGUCAAUAAUGGAUCUCUCAUUCGGAUCACCCUAUCUUCCCACCGCCAUCAAAACGGGCAUUGUCACGGGUGUAAUUGCUCUUGCAGAAGGAAUUGCUGUGGGAAGAAGUUUUGCAAUGUUUAAAAAUUACCAUAUUGAUGGUAACAAAGAAAUGAUAGCUUUUGGUAUGAUGAAUAUUGUUGGUUCAUGCACUUCUUGUUACCUUACAACCGGUCCUUUUUCAAGGUCGGCUGUUAACUUUAACGCUGGUUGCAAAACCGCGGUUUCCAACAUUGUCAUGGCUAUUGCGGUUAUGAUCACUCUUCUCUUUUUAACUCCUCUUUUUCACUACACACCUCUCGUGGUUCUCUCGUCCAUUAUUAUAUCUGCCAUGCUCGGUUUAAUCGAUUAUGAAGCCGCUAUCCACCUUUGGCAUGUUGAUAAGUUUGAUUUCCUCGUAUGCAUGGCCGCGUAUGUAGGAGUGGUCUUUGGUAGCGUUGAAUUGGGACUUGUUAUCGCGGUCGGUUUGUCUGUUCUUAGAGUAAUAUUGUUUAUUGCAAGGCCGAGAACAAUGGUAUUGGGCAAUGUUCCUGAUUCUAUGAUUUAUCGGAGCGUCGAUCAGUAUCCCGAAGUCAAUAGUGUUCCGGGAGUUCUCAUACUUCAAAUCGAUGCUCCUAUUUAUUUCGCAAAUUCAAGCUAUCUACGAGAAAGGUUAUCGAGAUGGAUCAAUGAGGAGGAAGACAAGAUUCAAUCCUCGGGUGAAACUAGCUUACAAUACGUUAUACUCAACAUGGGCGCUGUGGGUAAUAUUGAUACAAGUGGGAUUAGCAUGUUUGAGGAGCUAAAGAAGACAACAGAUAGAAGAGGCAUCCAGCUUGUGCUAGCCAAUCCAGGAGGGGAGGUGAUGAAGAAGCUGAACAAGGCUAAGUUUAUAGACUCAUUGGGACAUGAAUGGAUUUAUCUUACGGUUGGAGAAGCCGCGAGGGCUUGUAAUUUCAUGCUUCAUUCGUCGAAAGCUAAAAAGGCGACUGAAAAUGAUAACAUUGUUUAACGAUAAUAAUCUGAUUUUGUUUAUGGAAAUAACAAGCUAUCCAUUUUCAUGUUUAAUAACUUUCCCAGUAAUGAAAAUGGAGA